CAUUCGUGGGCGACGUAUAAAGCCGCGGACGGUCCGUAUCCGCGCUUCAGUCGGCGGCCGUGCCUUCCAUAUCCGCGCGCGUGCCGUCGUAUCUGUCACGAUCCAUCCAUCGCGAUCCUAAGACGAGAAAGCGGCAUCGAGGGGAUCACAAGGGAAAAUUCACUUUGUGCUUGCUUCAGCCUUUCAAUUCCCGGAAACUCAAUCGCGAAACGAUAUCGAAUAACCACGCACAGAGUGCAUCAGGAUCGCGUCAGGAUGCGAGUCCUGAAUGUACUGAUUCUCGGAUUACUACUGGCUGUCUACGCUGUCGAUGGUAGCGUCAUAUCCGACGAAGUGUUAACUGCGAGUCUGCAAGAUGUCUGGCACGAAGAUGAGUUUAUUAUCGCUUUAUCCAACAUCAAGGUCAAGAAGAAGCACUCCGGCGGUUCAAUCGAGACUCUAUUGGCGAUGAAAUAUUCAGACACGAGAACGAAAAUGGUGAUUCUACUCGAUCGGCGCUCGAAGCGCGUUAUACUCGAAAACCUCGACGAGGCCGGCCGACGAGACGCCGCACACGUCAACGUGGAUAGCCUCGCGGUGAACACCCCUCUGAAAAGUCUAAUUCUGCUGGUGCAUCAGAUGCAGCCGAAUCGUCGCGUGGACGUGUAUGUCGACUGUGUUUACGAGGGCUCUAUACCGCUCAAAAAAACUUUCCGCGACAUAGCCGACGCCGAAAACAGCCCGUUGGUGGAAGUAUUUAGAGAACGAAAAUGCCGAAUAAAAGUGUAUAAAUCUCCAAGCAUCACCGAGGCGCUGAGGAAAGAACAGUGUCCCGAUAAGAAACAACCUUCGAUAUUUGAGACUAUUAUGCAACCGGACCGUAAGAAAUCUUCUGAAUCUGAUGAAGACGACAAAAAAAAAUUGACUAAUCGUUCUGAUGAGACCAAUGGGGGAUCGAGUAUACCGGAUCAGGCUAACGAUUUGACAUCUCCCACGAAUGAUCGUAAUCCGAACAAGACAGAUUAUUCAGGUCGUCCAGAUGGCAAAGAUAAACCAGAUAAAUAUAAUCCGCAUGGCUCUCUCGAUCCGUUUUCUCAAUCUGGACAAUCGAAUAAAACGGAUGAUCUUGAUUAUCCAGACGGAUCUUCACCGUACUCUCAGUCUCUUGCGGGAUAUCCAACUAAAGAAUUACAAUUUGGAUCCAACAAACAACCCGAUAAUCAACCGGAUUCAGGAUUCGAUAAAUCAGAUGCACAAGAUUCCGAUACACCUGGACUUGUACGACCAGAUGAGAUGGACGAGCUUGAUUAUCCAGACGGAUCUCAUCCUUCAAUUACGGGACAUCGCCCCAAUAAACCGAAUCAAUCUGGAGGCAUGGCUAGCAUUAAACCCGAUCAAUCGGGUUCGAAGCCCGAAUCGGAUCAGAAUGGUUUCAAUAAACCUGACGGGUCGAAUCCAUAUGAUUCUGACAGAUAUCCUUCUCUAACAUCAAUUGAGUUUGCCGAGUUUGGACGUCCUAAUAAUUCCAAGCGACCUGGUCGAAGUCCAUAUCCGAAUAAUUUAGGCCAAGAUGAAUACGAAUAUCCGAAUGAGACGGAUAGUGAUUCAUCCGACAAAAAACCCACGAGAGGAGAUAUUGGAAUCCAGAGUCUGAAUGAAAGAGUCUGCCAGACCGACGAUCAAGUCGUGAAAACCUUGAACGAAUUAAUCAACGCCACCAGGAAACUCUGGAGGGAAAUGGAACUAAAUAGGCUGGAAACCCAACAUCUUCGUCAAUUGAUCGAAAACUGCUCGGCGUGUCGUACACCCUUCGUGCCAACAUCGCCGCCGUCCACAUGCGACCAUAACUCUCCGUGCUACCCCGGCGUCGAUUGCCGUAACACCCCGAGCGGACCCCAAUGCGGCCCCUGUCGUCACGGUUACACCGGAAACGGGCGGGUCUGCGUCAAAAUCAACGUCAUCACUUGCGCCCAACGGCCGUGCUUCCAAGGAGUGCGGUGCUACGAGAACAUCAAUGGUUACAAAUGCGGCAGGUGUCCAAGCGGAUACGUCGGCGACGGCGAAAGAUGCGAGAGGCACAGGAAUCCCUGCGACAAUCAUCCCUGUCAUCCCGAAGUCAAAUGCUAUUCCACACAGACUCCACCGUAUUUCAGAUGCGGUCCAUGUCCGAUGGGAUACGUGGGCAAUGGCACGGUUUGUCUCGACGCGAACGAAUGCGAGCUGGCACGACCCUGUCAUCCCGGUGUGCGAUGUAUCAACCUCCAUCCUGGAUACAGAUGCGACCGAUGCCCGACAGGUUACACGGGGCCAAUGACGGAAGGUGUUGGAGUAGAGAUGGCCAGAACGCGGAAACAGAUCUGCGAGGACAUAAACGAGUGCGAGAUCAACAACGGUGGAUGCAAUCCCUAUUCAGAAUGUAUUAACACGGAAGGGUCCUAUAGGUGUGGCCCAUGCAGAGGUGGUUACAUCGGUAAUCAAACGAUAGGAUGUCACCUUCAGCAUGAUGUCUGUCCAGAUAUGAUAACAGUUUGUGAUGUCAAUGCUUAUUGCAUCGCUAUGUACACCAACGAAUAUAUAUGCAAGUGUCGCGUCGGAUGGGCUGGUAAUGGACACGCCUGCGGUCCCGACAGCGAUAGCGACGGCAUCCCUGACAGAAGUCUUCAUUGCCACGACCGUCGCUGUUACACCGACAAUUGUCCGACAAUACCAAACAGUGGCCAAGAAGAUACUGACGAAGACGGAAUUGGCGAUGCUUGUGACGAUGACGACGACAAUGACGGCAUACUGGAUCUAUCUGACAACUGUAAGCUUAUAUAUAAUCCGAACCAGCUAGACACCGACAACGACAAGAUCGGCGAUGCCUGCGACAAUUGCCCAUUGGUUUGGAAUCCGAAUCAGGAGGAUUGUGAUGAUGAUGGUUCGGGCGACGCAUGCGAUAACGAUAUGGAUAACGACGGUAUAUACAACAAUCAGGACAAUUGUGUCAAAGUAAAGAAUCCAGAUCAGCGUGACAGCGAUGGGGAUGGCAUCGGUGAUGUCUGCGACAACUGUCCUGACAUUAGCAAUCCAGAUCAAGCAGAUAUUGAUGGCGAUGGCGUCGGGGAUAUUUGCGAUACCAAUGCGGAUCGCGACAGGGACGGUGUCCAGGACAACAGAGACAACUGUCCGGAUGUAGCAAACCCCGGACAGAACGACGUCGAUCACGACGGGAUCGGCGACGAAUGCGACGACGACAUCGAUGGCGAUGGUGUACCCAAUAUGAUCGAUAAUUGUCCUUACGUCUACAAUCCGGAUCAACGUGAUCUUAAUCACGAUAAUAUUGGCGAUGCAUGUUGGAACGACAAUGAUAACGACACGAUUAUCAACAUCCACGACAAUUGUCCUAAUAAUAGUCUAAUAUGGGCGACGGACUUCCGUAAAUAUACGACAAUUGCCCUCGAUCCACGUGGUACCGCGCAACUUGAUCCUGUAUGGAAAAUUCAUAGUCAAGGAACUGAGAUUCAACAGCUUCUUAAUAGCGAUCCCGGAAUUGCCAUAGGACCGGACGAGCUGACAAACGUCGAUUUCGAAGGAACCUUUUACAUCGAUAACGAUGACGACGACGAUUUUAGGCCUGUGACGCUGAGGAAUUAA